AUGAGCGCGAACGAAGAGAAAGACUACGAGAAGCAGCUCCCGAGCCCCACCAAGUCUGAGGACGAAAAUGACUUCCCUGACGCCGAGUUUGGCGGCACAGAGCGUCGCAAGCUCAUCGAGAAGAAGCUCAUCAGGAAGAUCGACCUGCGCAUGAGCAUUAUGAUCAUCAUCUACAUCCUUAACUAUAUCGACCGGAAUAAUGCUGCGGCUGCUCGUUUGCGUGGCUUCGAGGCGGAUCUCAACUUGAAAGAUAACGAAUUUCCAACGCUUCUCUCCAUCCUUUAUGUCGGUUACAUUAUUAUGCAAAUCCCCUCGAACAUGUUCCUCAACUAUAUCGGCAAACCCUCACUCUACUUACCUGCCUGCAUGGCCAUCUGGGGUGCUAUUUCCUGCCUCACCGGAAUAACCCACAAUUUCGUAGGAGCGCUCCUAACGCGAUUUUUCCUCGGCUUCGUUGAAGCCGCCUUCUACCCGGGAGCUCUUUUCCUCCUAUCAAAGUGGUACAAGCGCAAUGAGCUCGGAUUGCGGACCGCUAUCCUGUUCUGCGGAAAUAUUAUCAGCAACGCGUUCGGCGCGCUGAUGGCUUCGGGCAUCCUAAGCGGGAUGCAGGGCAAGCUGGGGCACGCCGCUUGGAGGUGGCUCUUCUUCAUCGAAGGUGCUCUGACAGUCGCAGUCGCCAUCCUUGCGGUGUUUAUCCUGCCGGAUUUCCCGACGACCACGAGAUGGUUGACCCCGGAGGAACGUGCGCUGGCAAUGAAGCGUAUGGAGGAAGAUGCUGGAGUAGGUGAUGAAGGAGAGACGGAGGGGCACGGAAAUGGGCUCUGGCUGGCAGCGAGCGACGGGUGGGUGUGGUUCUUCGCGUUGAUGCUGACGUCGCAAGUGGUCGCGCUGUCGUUCAACGCGUAUUUCCCGACACUGAGCGCGACUUUGGGGUACAAUCGGACGGUCACUUUGCUCCUAUGUGCCCCUCCGUUCGUGUUCUCUGCCAUUGUUACGUUCAUCGUGUCGAGGCACUCUGACAAGACGGGCGAGCGGUUCUACCAUGCAGUUAUUUCGUUCGGGGUGGGGAUAUUGGGAUUUGUGAUUGCGAUUGCUACGAUGAACACUGCUGCUCGGUACAUCUCGCUGUUCCUGAUGGCGCAGUCGUACGCGGGGUUCGUCGUGUUGUUCGCGUGGAUGAGCAACUCGUUCCCGCGUCCGCCGUCGAAGCGUGCAGUAGCGCUUGCACUGAUCAACGCGUUCUCGCAGUUGGGGAACAUCUCGGGCUCGUACGUGUGGCCUGACCGGUGGGGACCGACGUACCGCAAGUCGUACGGUAUCUGCAUUGCAACAAGUGGGUGUGCGAUAGUGAUGUGCUGGAUAUUCCGGAUGCACCUGCAGUCGCUGAACAAGAAGCUGGAGGCGGAGGAGGCAGAGAAGGGGAUAAAGACGCCUGGAUUCCGAUACUUGGUGUAG